AUGCAAAGCUCUAUUUCAACAGUUAAAGCUGAUAUAGAAGCAAAAGUCACACAUUCAGAAGAAUUAUUGAAAGUGCGGCUGUUUACUGAAACUUUAGAAAGACCACAUAAACAUGCAGUAGAAUCUGAUCCAUUCUCUUCUGAACGAUAUCAAGAACAAACACUUUUGUUAAAAGCUGAAAAACGCUUGAAUUAUCCAGAACAAUUGACUCAACGCGUUUCCGGAAUCUCUUAUAAAUUUGGCGUUUUCCCCUUAAUAAAUGCCUUUUAUUUUUACGCAGACAAUCAUUUUUACUUUUGGGAUUAUGAAAAACCAAUAUCUAUUAAUAAUCCACAAUAUAUUCGCGUUGAAGAUAAAUUUAUACGAAAUGUGGGCGUAUUUAAUGCUAAAUCUGAUUUCUUUGAGGAGCAAGUUAAACAUAUUCUUUUAAUGAUCACCAAUGAAAAAGCUAUGAUUUAUGCGUUAUAUCGUGAUAAUGACACUUGGAUGGCAUAUUAUAACCCAAAGGAUUGUCUUUGGGCUCCAACAAAUGGCUCUUCAUAUGACAACUUAACGGGAACGCAAAAAGGACGCAUACUAAUGAGUUAUAAAGACAAAGUUUAUGAACUAGUCUAUCAGGAGGAAGGUUGGUUUCGAGGAUCUACAAGUAUAAAGGCCUUAACAUCGUCCGGCUAUUUUGAUUAUCUAAAAUUUUAUGGAUUUUCUGCAGGAAAAGAUCCAUCAAUAUCCUCCAUUGUGGUCGAUGAUACGAGGAAUAUGACAUAUAUAUUGUUCUCAGAUAACACGAUUAAGGUGGUUUACGUCUAUACAAUUGACACGCUUUAUAGUGAAGCAUAUUACUUGGGAAAAGAUGGACGCGCAUUUAUUCAAAAAGGGGAAUUUCAUAUAUAUAAAAACUUGGAGACAAAAGUUCAACAAGGUCACAAUCCCAUUUCUAUGGAUAGCGGGAAUUUUUUGUCAAUUCACCCAAUAUUAAAAACAGAAUCCACAUCGACCUGCUUGGUAGCUAUAUCUCAAUUUGGCUAUCAUUCUCAGCCUGCGUCAUACGCGGGUUAUCAGCAAACACCGGUUUUUUCUCCAUUCGUUGACUUUGAAAAUAAGGAACCAGAAAUCUUUAAAUUACUGUUUGUUCUUUAUCCACCACCACAUCCAAUUACAUCCACGGGAUAUCCAAAAAUUGAAAUGGCUAGAUAUCAUAAUGGACUUUUCUUUGCGCAGCUUACAGACGUAGAAAGGGCGAAGCUUCUCUUAACGUGGCCUAACUUUGGUGUGAUAUUCUCAGAAAUCAAUAAAGCUCAAGCCACCACCACCGGUUAUCAAUACAAUCAAACUGAAGUCAUUUCACGAACAUUGCUUGAUAUUGCUGAAAUAUGUAAUCCACAGCAUGACCCAAUAGCUCAAAAUGAUUAUACCAAUGAACUUAUUAACCAGUUUUCGGCACCUCAUCGAAAAUUCAUAUUUGUUUCAGAUGAAGCAUUGACCAUUGUAUCAAAGUUACGGCCUGUGGAUCAUCUAACGGAUAUAUUGGAGAAAUAUCGGCCUGAAAUGCCGGAACCCAACAAAUUUCUUCAAAAUUAUGGUGAGAUUGAAACCGCCGCCAUGUGUUUUGAAAUUGCAACACGUGAAAGCCAUGAUUUUCUUCUUUAUUUCCGUAAGGAACCUAAAACUACCACAACGCCUGCUGGUCUUCAAAGCAUAAAACGAACCCCUGUAAGUGAAGGCUUCACCAUAUGUCUAGCCAGAACUCUUAGGACUAUUUGGAAGAAAAAUGUUCUGAAGCCGAGUCCUGAUCGUGCAAACCCCAAGCGGCGCGAUAUUAAUUUCCCCCCUAACGUAUUGAAUGACAUAGUUCAACGUUUAAAUAAAAUAAAAAAAUUCUAUGAGGAGUAUCCUUCGCUGAGUUACUCCCCAGAAAAUCCAAACGACGCCUGGAAGAAUGAAAUUCAAUGGCUGACUGAUUUGUAUGAACUGACAAGAAACUGUGCUGAUGCAUUAUCGUUCAUAUUAUUAAUGGUGGAUUAUAAUCUACCGGACACUAUUGCAAGUAUACCCGAACGAUCACAACCAGCUCUAUGGAAUUCUACUUUUGCGAUGCUCAUGACCGACGAGCAGUCUAAAAAAAAUUGGAAGGAAUUAGUAUUGGCUAUAAUUCGUAGAGAGAAUAGACCACAGCUUGAUAACCUUAGUUAUUCUCUAGAGCAACGUUGCCGUUCAUUUUGUAAGGCGGCGGAUGUAAAGAUUUACCAGGCAUAUGAAGAGCUGCAGCAAGCAAAAAACUCUCAAGAUGAGCAUGCAAAAUUCACAUUCCUGGAAAAAUCAUUGAAGCUUUUCCUUGAAAAUAUUGAAAAUAUGACAUAUGAUACCCUCGAAAACAUAUGUCAUGAAUAUGAGCAUCUUUCUUUUCAUGACGGUGCGAUAGAACUUGCUUUGAGUGGAUCAAAGGCCCCUGGAGUCACUAAUCGUGCACCCUAUCACGAUCUAGCUAUUGAAAGCAUGAAAUCAGCUGAAGUAUUUAGUCGAGGAUCCCCUAAAAAGGUGAUGCCGGAAUUACGAAACAAGGUUUUGAACAAAUCACUAAAUAUCGGGGCAAAAAUAAAAGAUAACGAAUUUUUAUAUAAAGUAUAUGACGAGUUUUACAAAGAAGAUUCAAUUCGAAAUUUAUUUGAAGUUCCUGCUCCGUAUCUUGAAGAAUAUUUCAAGGAUAACGAUUCAAGCUCAAAAAUUGGGAAGUUAAGGUUAUAUUGCGAAUUUCUUAUACGGCAUAAUCAAUACGUCAAAGCUGCCGAGAUCCAAUACCAACUCGCCACCUCGGAACACAAUUUCAACUUGGAAGAUCGUCUUGAAUGUUUAUCUUAUGCAACAGGUUACAUGAAAGCUGGCGUAGGUUAUAGCGCUCCUUCCAAUGCUAUGGAGAAACUCAAAGAAUACGAGGAUCUUCUUCAGAUUGGCCAAGUUCAAAAUGAAAUAUACCAAAGACUAAGCACUAUGUUUCAAGAUCGACCGGAAGCUCAGCAAGUAUUAAACUUAUUAAACACCAAGCUCUUAGAUAAGCAACAGUUAUGGGAUAAUUUCAUUCAUCCUUAUGAAUUGUAUGAUUGUACUUUGGAUUUGUUGACCGUGAGUGAACCACCAGAUAUGGAUCUAGUGUCGAGUAUCUGGCAGAAUAUAAUACGUAAAGCCCGUUCUUAUGAAGAAUUAAGCGAUGAAGUAAUUAGGCUCGGAAGAAAAUAUUAUCCCUCAGAACUAUUAGUGUUUCCUCCAUGGCUCAUAUGUCGAAUUCUAGCAACUUAUUGUGUCAACAAUCCUGAAAAACCUAAACCAGACUGGAUUGUCAAUAUUUUCUUGCAAGUGAAAGUUCCACACAAUGAGAUAUUUCACAUUUUAGUAGAAUUACACUCGGAAAGGCCUCCGCCUCUUAAUCAAGCCGCAGGUCUACAUUUAAUUCUCGAAGAGAUAGUUCAACUUAUUAAUCGAUGGAAAAAUGAUCCAAGUGCUAUGGAUCUUAAUCCUCAGUAUGUAUGCGAAGUCAUUUCGAAUUAUACCGAACCAUCGCCGGGAAGUGGUGCAGAUCAGGCACUUACGCAACAAUUUGUCUUGCUCAAAUCUGAAUUGCAGUUUUUAGUUUGA